UUGGUCCUCGAUUUAUUCCUCUUUUGUACUACUACUUGUACUCAUUCCUGUUUAAAAUCUCUUUACUUUCUUCCAUUCUUAAAUCCGCUCAAUAAUAGGUGCGUGUGACCUGAAAUAGUUUGCAAACCAGUCCUUUUUGCUCACAAUCGGUUUUAAAAGGUGCGAAGUACAGGCGAAGACUGUAUAAAAUUAACCGCGUAUUUUUCGUGUCCCUCCCUAGUGUAAUUCGUUUUUUGGUCUCACUCCAGACCUUUCCAUUGACCGUUCGCGCACACCGUCAGUUACCAAGUAGCAGAUAAGACGAAAACACGCAAAGGUGAUAAUAGAUAAAACUGACAGGCUUCAUUUCCUUGGCGACUAGUAGUUCCUAGUACAUGGGCGCUGUACACAAAAGAGUCAAAAUGUGGUCACGACAAAACUUGAUUUCCGUAUCCCGCUACUUUUUCCUUACGAUUCCCGCAUCCCAACCCAAUAAAAAUAGGAAAUCCCGCUCCCGCUCAUAAUCAAAUUUCCGCUUCCCGCUCCUUUUUUUAGCUCGCAUCUCGAGUAUCACCACAUAAAACAGCCAAAUCCCGCAUCCCGCCAAACCUAUUGUGGACCCUUUCUGCUAGGGGUAGACCUCUAGGAAAGUAGACACCCCCUUUCAGCUCCCUCAUAAGCCAAGUGGGCAGUAAAACAGAUCAAGACGGAAAUUUACUGCAACAAAGCCCUUUGAUGUUCAAUGACAAUAAAAAUGAACAGAUUAUAGCCUCCGCUUACUGGAAGUUUAUCAUUCUGUAACUUUUAAACUUUAAGCGACUGUUCAUCUGUAAUAAAUAGCCUGUCACGACGCUGUAUGUUCAUGGCCAUCUUAAUUGGACUACAUUUCUACAUCUAGCAAAUUGACGGUGAGGCUGGCAAAAAGAGACCAGUUUCAAUAUAUCAAAAGUCAUACCUUGGGGGAAUAAAAUAAAAGAAAUGUAUUAUUCAUUGCUGUGCCUCAAGUAUGAAUUUGAACAUAUCAAAAUUGUUCUAUAGUAUUUAACAUUGUCUUAUAUCCAAACCACUUUCAGUGAAAGUGGUCAAAAAGCUUUUAAGAAAGUUUCCUAUAAGAAAAUCACAAUCAGUUGCAAAAGCGGUCAACUGGUAAUGUUUGCUUUCCCUUUAAGGUGACUCGACCCAGUUUUUUGGGGGGGUACCAUCCUACUUUGAAGCUCUCUGGUAUCCCCACCUUUACUUUUAUCGUAAGUCUAACACAUAGAAUGGAUAACAUAUAGAUCAAUCUACAAUAUAACAUAAAAGUUUUGGCGAUCGGAGUAAAUGUCACGUGGUUAUAAUGCCACGCCCCUUUGAGGUCUGAGUCGAAAAUCUGCUGUUACCGGCAUUUUUUCGUGAAAAUCUCUCUGCUACACAUAGUGCGCAUUAGUGCCUUGAGCUGAACAGAGUUUCACCAAAAUCGCAAAGACCCAAUUCGAGAAAUUCAGCGGUUUCCAAAUUUAGGUCAUAAUUUAUGCGAAAAUGGUAAGCAAACUUUACACGGAUUAUAUCUUAUAAACUAUGAGACUCAUCUCUUUAUUUUGGGCAUCCUUAUACCAGAUGGGUCCUUGCAAGUCAGCAAAACGCUUUAGGGCCUUGUAAAUGCGCGCCAUUUCGAGCAAAGCAAACAUAUAGAAAUUAUAGUUUUCGCUAUUUGUUGACGUUUGUCAGCGUUUAAGAGUCCUUCUCACGAAAAAAGCAUUUUCUUAAAAAUUCGUAGUUUUUUUUCCUUCGAAUUUUUUCAGGGCCACAAUUGAUUAACUAACUACCCGGACUCUGAAUUUCAUGGUCAUUGAAAAACUGUGACAUUAUCUUCUAUAAGCCCAAACUUGAGUAAACAUUGAAGAUUUUUAGCGUUUUGGCUGAGUUUGUGCAUUGGGAGUUGUCUAUUGUUUCUAGUCUGUCAUUAUACAGCAUUCUUGUUCAGCAAGCGUGCAAUGACCACGCUUGGCUGACUUCCGAAUGCUCACCGAGAUACUCCCGUCACGAGUUGGUUUAAUUAUUGGCUUGCAUUAAACCUAUGAAAAAAAUGAUAUUUUUUUAAUAGUAAGUAGAUUUAGUGUGUAGCACUUCUUGAUUUUUUUUGCAAAGGCACAAGAAGCACGACAAUUGAUUAAAAAUUGUGAGUUAAACCUCUAUGUAUCACGCGAUGGCCUGUCUCACUGUACCAAAAUUAUUAUAUCUCGGUGAGCAUUCGGAAGUCAGCCAAGCGCGGUCAUUGCACGCGUGCUGAACAAGAAUGCUGUAUCAUGACAGACUAGAAACAAUAGACAACUCCCAAAGCACAAACUCAGCUAAAACAUUAAAAAUCUUCAAUGUUUACUCAAGUUUGGGCUUAUAGAAGAUAAUGUCACAGUUUUUCAAUGACCAUGAAAUUCAGAGUCCGGGUAGUUAGUUAAUCAAUUGUGGCCCUGAAAAAAUUUGAAGGAAAAAAAACUACGAAUUUUUAAGAAAAUGCUUUUUUCGUGAGAAGGACUCUUAAACGCUGACAAACGUCAACAAAUAGCGAAAACUAUAAUUUCUAUAUGUUUGCUUUGCUCGAAAUCGCGCGCAUUUACAAGGCCCUAAAGCGUUUUGCUGACUUGCAAGGACCCAUCUGUUAUAAGGAUGCCCAAAAUAAAGAGAUGAGUCUCAUAGUUUAUAAGAUAUAAUCCGUGUAAAGUUUGCUUACCAUUUUCGCAUAAAUUAUGACCUAAAUUUGGAAACCGCUGAAUUUCUCGAAUUGGGUUUUUGCGAUUUUGGUGAAACUCUGUUCAGCGCAAGGCACUAAUGCGCACUAUGUGUAGCAGAGAGAUUUUCACGAAAAAAUGCCGGUAACAGCAGAUUUUCGACUCAGACCUCAAAGGGACGUGGCAUUAUAACCACGUGACAUUUACUCCGCUCGCCAAAACUUUUAUGUUAUAUUGUAGAUUAAUCUACAUGUUAUCCAUUCAUGUGUUAGACUUACGAUAAAAGUAAAGGUGGGGAUACCGGAGAGCUUCAAAGUAGGAUGGUACCCCCCCCAAAAAACUGGGUCGAGUCACCUUAAGGUUACUUUAACACGGUACCGGUCGAAUUUUUAACCGGUUGAAAAAUUUGAUAGGACACUUCGUUCCCAAGGAACCGUUCUAUAUUUUUGCGCUGUUCACACAGAACUGUCGAGCUGUAAUAUUUCCAAGCAAACUGAGUAAUAACACGACUCGUAAAUCCAUGUUUGCAAUAUCUUGUUGCUAUAAAGCCACAAGUGCACCAGUAAUAUACACUCUGUGUAAUAUGUAGUAUUGUGUCUUCUCACUGAUAGUCAGUAGUAGUAACUAGUAGUUACUAGUGGUUACCUGUAGUUACUAGUAGUUACUGGUAGUUGCUAGUAGUUAUUAGUAGUAGUUACUUGUGGUUACUAGUAGUUACUGGUUAUGUUAGUGGUUACUGUUAGUUGCUAGUAGUUACUUGUAGUUACUGGUAGUUACUUCUAGUUAAAGGUAGUUAGUAGUAGUUACUGGUAGUUGCUAGUAGUUAUUGGUAGUUACUUGUAGUUACUAGUAGUUACUGGUAGUUACUAGUAGUUCAAUGUAGUUACUAGUAGUUACUUGUAGUUGCUAGUAGUUACUGGUAGUUGCUAGUAGUUACUGGUAGUUACCUUGUAGUUACUAGUAGUUACUGGUAGUUACUAGUAGUUAAAGGUAGUUGCUAGUAGUUACUGGUAGUUGCUAGUAGUUACUGGUAGUUACCUUGUAGUUACUAGUAGUUAAAGGUAGUUGCUAGUAGUUACUGGUAGUUACUAGAAGUUACUGGUAGUUGCUAUUAGUUACCUAUUUUCCUCUCUUUUUGCAGCUGAGUUACCACGCAUCCAUGCAACCACGCCUUUGCUAUGCAAAAAUUUUGCUGGUCACGGUGAUAUUUUGUAUUCAAAACAGUAGCAAACAGGAAACCAAUGUAGCUCGCGAAGCAAAGGCGUGAUAGGGCACGACUUUGGGGCGCAAUAAAUUAAGCGAGCACUAACAUUUAGAGAACAAAUCCUGUGUAUAAAUAGCAAACAAAAGCGGUCGGACACAAGAACCUUGAGGGACACUCCAUUUUAAGUCAAACGGCUGCGAGAGCGUCUCCUUUAUGGAGAUUCUUUAAGAUCUCCCUUCCAAGUACGAUUUGAACCAGGAACUGUCGAGCUGUAAUAUUUCCAACAAAGUGAGUAAUAACAUGACUCGUAAAUCCAUGUUCGCAAUAUCCGGUUGAUAUUUUGGUAUAUACUUCAUGGUGGAAAGCCACAAAUGCACCGGUAAUAUACAACCUGUGUAAUAUGUGGUAUUGUGUCUUCUCACUGAUAGUCAGUAGUAGUAACUAGUAGUUACUAGUAGUUACCUAUAGUUAACUAGUAGUUACUGGUAGUUGCUAGUAGUUACUACUACUAGUUACUUGUAGUUACUAGUAGUUACUGGUUAUGCUAGUGGUUACUGUUAGUUGCUAGUAGUUACUUGUAGUUACUGGUAGUUACUAGUAGUUAAAGGCAGUUAGUAGUAGUUACUGGUAGUUGCUAGUAGUUACUGGUAGUUACCUGUAGCUACCAGUAGUUACUGGUAGUUACUAAAAGUUAUAGGUAGUUACUAGUAAUUACUGGUAGUUGCUAGUAGUUACUGGUAGUUACUUGUAGUUACUAGUAGUUACUGGUAGUUACUAAUAGUUAAAGGUAGUUAUUAGUAGUUACUUGCAAUUGUAGUUGCUAGUAGUUACUGGUAGUUGCGAGUAGUUAGUAGUAGUUACAGAUUGCAAUUGAGGGAAGACUGAGAUUAUUUGUAAUCAUGUCACAAACUGCAAGUUGCUUAUUAGACGAAAAUUCUUGAACAGUAGAUCGAGGCCGGGCUUUUUUAAUGAUGGGUUCCAGGUUUCAGCAAAAUAUCCAGUCUGCAAGGAGAGGUUGGCCAUAUUAGUAAUGGCAGGAAGGAGCGAGUUUAAACAUGAAGAUGCAAGAUUUGUUCUUUGCAGAUGUAAUCAAUUUGACGAACUGUAUCAGUCAGGCUUGGCAUUGGAAGUGGGAAAAUACAAUAUCACCAGAUUCAUAUUCCAGGUUGGGGUCGGACGUUGACAGCAAGAAUGCCAUUCAGCUUUGACCUGAUAUUGGUAAUCUUGGCAAUAAAAAAAACUGACCAAUAUUGUUUGCAAGAAGUGAAACAGAAUGUGUGGAAGAGAUCGAUCUUUCUUCAUAUUCAAUAAACUCUUAUUUGCUGCGAACAGCCUCCUCUGGUCUGUGCUGUUAUCUUCGAUAGACUGAUUAUAGUAAAGACGGCGUGCCUCAUUCAUCAAUUCAAAUUCACCACACGAUUUCUUUCCUUCUUAAAAGCAUCAAGAUCAACAGAUAAUCUUGCAGCUCUCCACGUCUUUUCAGCAUUUCGUCUCAAGCGUUUGGCAUUCCUAAUAUCUUCAUUGAACCACGCAACAAGAGGCGUAACAUUAAUGUCACGAGUUAAGACAUGUGCAUACAUAUCCAGUUGAGAUCGUAACGACUCAUUAUAACAGCUGACUAGAGAGUCCAAGUCGCCAGGUGGAUCAUGAUUUAGCUGAGAAGAAGGAAUGGCCUCAGAAAAUUGUUUAGGGUCAGUUGAUUUCGUGCAUGACAUUAGAUUGAGGUCUGUUAGAUCUUAUUUGACUGAAGACUGGAAAAUGGUCGAAAAAUAACUCCCAAUACAAGGGCAAGCAGCAAUGAUGUUAUCAGACGUACGAGUGGUAAUCAAGUCAAGUGUAUGACCAAGUUCAUGCGUAGUAGACAAACAUGCUGCUUGAGACCCAUCGACUCCAGUAUAUCCGACAGGUAGUUGGUCCAUAUGGAUAUUAAAAUCGCCCAGAAUUAUCAAGGACUUACUUAACAUGACCAGAGACUCGAGGUAAACGGUAAACGGGUCAGUGAAAAAUGUGCAUGUGGUCACAGCAUGUUUAGCAAAAUAUAGAGGCCUGUAAACUAUGAUGAGUCGUAAACGAGAAAUAGUUACUAGGAAACUUAUUCCGUUUAUAAGUUUAUUAGGAAACUUAUUCCGACCACGUUUAUAUAUCAACAGCUCUUUACAUUUGCGAUUGUUUGUAUCCCUCAGUGACUCCUACAGGCGUUCCCGUACUCUGGAUAGUGUUGGGAGUUUCCGUGACUCUUUCUGCUUUGGUGGUGGGGAUAAUUGUCUACCGUAAGAGAGCAAAGAGGAAUAAACGGUAUUUCAUAAAAUGUUAUUGUCUUUGUGAAUUCUUUGUAUUAUGAUAAUCAAAUGCAUGCGGAAAAAGACGAUAUUUUUUUCUGUGCAAGUGUCCGUUGGCCUUUAAGUGUCUCUCAGUCAAGUCGCGCUGGUGAGUGACCUUCCUUACAGACCAAGGCGAUGUACUUUUAUCACCUUGUAUGAACCAGGAAACCAUCUCUGAUUUAAGCAUUAUCACAAGCCCAUGAUUAAUGACGACAAAUUUCAUUAACAUUUAAUUUGCACUAUUUUCUCUAGAUCCAGUGAGUCUGACAUUGCUGAGUUUAUGUUGCUGGAAGUCCCACACGAGCGGGUUACUAUCAUGGAGGAACUGGGACGAGGCGCUUUUGGAAGAGUUUAUAAGAGCGUGAUGAGGGGGUUACCUGAAAAGAAUACAUCCUCUAAACCCAAGGAUCACAGUUUGGAUUCGCACGAGGGACGUAUUGUUGCUACAAAAGUUCUACCAGGUGUGUGAGUUCAGAAUAUGGCAAAAAGAUAACUUACUCUUUCAGCAAACGCUAUUCACGGGAGUGAUUCUUAUUAAUAACAGGCAAGAGAGCCUCUCUUGUAACAGGUUUGAAUAUUUAAUCCAAUAGAUAGCAAACAUUAUAUCGUGGAAAACAGCAUCUCAAUGCCCCAGUGGGUAACAUUGUGAUGUACCUCAGGGGCUCAUUUUAGAUCUAAAUUUUGUUUUCUACUUAUAUUAAUGACCUCCCUGAAUGUUUGCAAUUUACCACACGAUUUGCAGUGAAUAAAUUACUGUAGACACAAAAACCUUCAGUGAGAUCAGAACAUUGAUAAGGUGUGCUGCAAGGUUGGUCGUGUUAUAAGUGGUCUUAGACAGACUCGAGUUUAUGUCACAUUAUUUAAACGUACUAAAAAGUAUAUAGCGCUUAAAUCGAUGCCCGUGUUCAAGCAAAAACCGAGCGGGCACCUUUCAACAAAACCACACAGAUAUAAAAAAUGCAAAACAGAGCAGGCUGCAUGAUCACUUCUCAGAGCUGUGACAUGAUAACAGAUUAUCUCUUUAAACCAAUUCAAAAUGUUAGCGCAUUCCUUCGUAAUGUGUAGAUUGGUCGUUCUCUUAUGUGAUCUUUCGAAAUACGUUAUUCAGUCACUUGAGAACUUUAUCUGAUCGUAUGUGGUUGCAAAUAUGACCACAUUACUGCAGCUUUACUUGGAGCAUGAGUAGCGGAUUUUAAAUCAUUCAUGUCCGAGCUGUAAUCGUCAUUUGUUUCAAACUCACAUGUCUGUUAGGAGUUCACGAUCAUCAACCAUGAACUUGUUAAUUAGUGACACCCAGAUCAAGGCUAAAACUUUUAUCCGACGAUCAUGCUUUUUCGUUUUGUGCCCCUAAACUUUGGAAUGAUUCUCCAGAGUACAUACAGUGUAAAAUGGAGUUUGAAUAUUCGUUCUUCUAAGAGUAAUCUUAAAGCUUUAAAACCUCUAAGCGUUAUUUUUAUUUCGUAGUUUUGUUUAACAAUUUUUUUUGUCAGUGUUACGAGGUACUGCUUUCUAGUCGUUUAAGUUUAAAACAUUUAUUUGACGACGAUGACGGUGAGCCGAAAACCCUCGGUGAAACUCAACUACAAAAGCAUAUGGGGAUGUCCCUGUCUAUGCAGAGUCAAUGAAAAUGAGCCAAUUGGAUAGAUGCGUUAGGAUUACAAAUGUACACUCAAGGAAAGUCAUAUUACUGGAGAUAGAGUACCCGUGGGACGAGAAUAGGGAAGCAAUUAAAGAACACAAAACUUGACGUCUAGAAUUAAAGAGACAAGUUUCCGGACUAAAAGAUCUUCCAGUAUUACAUCAUGUUACACGUCGUGCUUGGUGAUCGCUAGAUGAAGAGAACUAAUGGUUUUUCUUUGAGACUUUGUUUUAUCUACUCACUUAACUCAGGGAACCAAUUUUUUUAACAAAUAGAUUUUUUCUCAAGCAGAAAUUAGGACCUGAGCAAUUGACUGUGUUAUAUUUUCAUAGGUUAAAUAUACUUUCAUUUUAAUUAGUUCUUUUUUUCUUUACAUCUCGUUUUAGUUGUUUAUUAGUAACUGAUAUUGUGUAGCAUUUACGUAGGUCACUGUUACCUGGAUUUUCUUUAAAUGUCUUUUGUUUUUUAGAAAAUGCCACGGAAGAGGACAAACGGCAAAUAGUUCGGGAAAUUGAGCUGAUGAAGGAAGUCGGAACACACCGUAAUAUUGUGAGCAUGCUCGGCUACUGGAUCCAAUCACAACCCAUCAUGUUAAUCAUGGAAUAUGUUCCAAACGGAGACCUUCUCCAGUGGCUCAGAAACAAAAGGCAACAGGUAUCAUUACUUUAUCAGCUGUAUCAAUAAAAAUUUGCUGGCCUCUGUUUUGCCUUUUAUUUGAAAAAUAUCUUCUCUCCAUUCGGAAUAGGGCUGCGCACAGAUAUUAUUCAUAGAACUCAAACUCAGACAAACGAAUUCCUCAAUUUUGUUUGUCUUUUUGUCAUUAAAAUGUCAAGUUUGUCUGACUUUUGACGUGAAAAUAACAAAAAUGGCAGAUUUCAGACAAACAUGGCAAAUUAGUCACUCUGACGUCAUUAGUAUUCUGUGCUGCACUUUAAUUUUCUAAUGAACAUCGUCCUGGGCGUGUAUGUUCUUUUUCUUACAUUGUGUGGUCUCUUAAGGCAGAAGGAAAAUCCUCUCCCUCAUCACACGUCUGAAAACCAUCGUCUUCAGUAAAAAUAAUAAGAUGCUAAACAACUUGAAGUGAGAAUUUGUACAUGUUACCUAUAAUUUAAGUUCUCAAAGACAGAGGUGCAAUAACUGAAUGUAGAUAUCAAUGCAACCGGAUAUUCGUAUUUUUCCAAACGCGGUUUAUACAGCCAGACUGUUUAGAUGCUAUUCAUGUAUUCGGAAAACAAAGAUCAGUAAAUACACAAAAAUUUGUAUUCAACGCUGAAUUAAUAAAGCCAAGCUUGCCCUGGUACGAUCAGUUAAGGUUUCCGGGAAACUGGCCACCUAUCCCUCCCCUAAGCCACAUUUUGGCCUGAGUGAGAAGGUAGUGAUAAUGUUGUCUUAGGAGAGGGAAAGGUGGUCAGAAAAGAAAACAAAACGACGUUUUGAGCGUUUACCCCUGGGGGUACCCCCGCCCGAUAGGAUGAGGAUCUCCAUCUGUGGGACGUUAAAGAACCCACACACUCGCUCUUUGUGAAGAGUAGGGCACGUAGUGGCCGGUGUAGUGGUUUAUCUCACUUUCACACUCAUGUAUGGGGGCAUCAUUACUCAUUCCUUCAUUACUUGUAAAAUGCACCUUAAGCGGUCUGGCAAAGUCCCCCAAACAGUGUUGUAAAUUACACAUUACACGUCCCGAAAGCCCUGUACGAGAUAUGACGUUUAAUCCAUUUGAAUUUUUCGUGGACGCUUUAAAGAAAGUUGGCCCAUAAGGUAUUCCCGGCUAGAUUUUCAGUUUAACGUCGGUUAAGUAAAUAAAUCUUUCAAUUCACAUGGAUUCCUUUUAAAUUGGGGAAAAUAUUUCGGCUAACCAACUGAUAGUGUUGAAAUUGUUUCUGCUGACAAAACCGUUUCAUGAUCAGACGGAAUUCAUUUCAAUAUUUUUUGCAGCUUACAAUGAAAAAGAGUCGGCAAAGUGAUGUCGUUGAAAGGCUUAAGCCUCCUGUUCCUGAGAGACCGAAAUUAGUGUCCAGGAACCUGCAAACAAAAGAUGUCCUGGAUGAAAACCUGAAAGAGGAGAAGAGCGAAAGAAAUAAUGAAGAAAGUGGAAAAGACGGUGGUUAUCAUUCCAGCGAGAAGAAGGAAAUUAAAAUUGACCUGGACGACGUCGAAAGAGGAAUUCUAAUCAACGAUGCUCCUCGAUCUGAGAUGGAACCUUCUUGCUUAAACCUGGGCUUCGAAGGUGACAAGGAGGAAGAAGAAAGUGACGUUGUCAACACGUCAUUUCUGCAAAAUGAAGGGCGAAAGGGGUCGGUUGCGUCGGUGAUGGUGUUACCUUCGAUCAGUAUUGCCCAUUUCUCCAAAGAAAAAGAGCUCACUCUUGCUGAGCCCUUAAGAAACGUCGAAGAAAAGAUCACCAUCGAGAAAGAAGAAAGCAGCUGUGAGGGCAAGGAAGAUGAUGAAGAAGACAGUUCUGGGAAAGAAGUUCUAUGUUAUGCGUGGCAGAUUGCUAAAGGGAUGGUAAGAAUUUUUUCGACUGAAGAAUGCCUUGAGCAAUUUAGUCAUCAUUUGCAAAGCGCAAAAAUCUGCCUCUUGCCCAUAUUUAAAAAACUUCUUUUUCCGGCCUGUUAUUCCACGGAGGGCUUCAUUCCACUCACCCCAAGUCUCCCUGAAAAACAGCAUUUAAUUAAGUGUCAACAGGUGUCAACGGGCUUUCUUCCGCGGUUGAAAAACUUAAAAACCUUAUUUUUCAGCCAAUAUUCAUCCCUUCGAGUUAUCGAGGGUAAAAUUGUCUGGAAGUGAUAUGAAGGGAAACAAAAAUUACUUCGAGUUAGCGGGAGUUUCGAGUUAUCGAGGGUUCUAAUUAUCGAGGGUAAAAUUACGGUAAAUGUAUGAAGGAAAUCCAGGGGAAAUCGAUUUUGGUUCGAGUUAGCAAAAGGUUUGAGUUAGCGAGGGUUCGAGUUAUCGGGAGUCGACUGUAGUUCACUGAGCUUGUUCAACUUUGACGGCUUUUUUUGCUGAAAAGAAUACGUUGCGGAGUUUUCUUGGCCAAUUCCUUGAUUUGUUUCUUCGUUUUCCAACAGCUGUGACGGAAAUCCUCCAUCCAUUCUUCAUGAAUAGACCCACGAUCACUUCCUCCCGCUUUCCGGACAGUUUGCCUGGCACAGCUUACAGUAGCCUUUCCCGGCUCUCGAUAGUGGGGAUGUCGUGUAAGCGUAAGGCACCGGCAAAAAUAUAAACGCGUGAUCUAGAAUUGAAAAGGGGGCGGUGGAGGGCCAUUUUUGAGCCUGGAACAGACGUUUCUUUCCACUUGGUUGCCUUUCCGUCAAAUCGUUAAAUGAGUCGGGAGUUCAUUUAUAACGAUAUCCCGAUUAAGCUGCUAUCCCCCUGCCAUAUCGUAAAAUCGAGGUUCCAUUCUACUUUCAUAUUGACCAAUCAAAACGGAAAUAUGUGUUGAUCUAAAGGUAUCUGGUAACUAAAAAUUGUUUGAGAAAUAAUUUCGUUAUUUCUGUGCCAGGAAUACUUGGCCAGCAAAGGAUUCAUUCAUCGUGACCUGGCAGCCCGUAAUAUCCUACUUGGUGAGGACAGAGCGGUGAAGAUCGCUGAUUUUGGUUUGUUACGCCAUACAAAUGAGAGUGAGAUAUACGAAGUUACGAGCGUACACAAGCUACCAAUGAAAUGGAUGGCACCUGAAGCGUUGGAAAGCGGCAUUUUUUCUUUCAAGACUGACGUGUAAGUAUAAGAUAUGUUAAGAAGUCACUGUUAGGCCAAGCUUGGGCUUCUUGUGAUGCAGUGUGACGUUGAGGUUCGAGAUAACAUAGACCCUGCAAUGUUUAGAAUUGUCUGAAAAAAAAAAAGAGCACAAUUUUGACACUGCUUAUAGUAGCGGUUAUCACUCUAUCUCUCAAGGAAUACUCAAGUAUUUGGAAAACAUUAGCCUGUUCCACGCGUGAAACUUGAAAAUAUGAGAUAUAAAUAGAAACUUUGAGCCGAUGAAGUUAAUCUGGAAUCACUUUGGAUCUUAGAUUCCACACUCCACAUCCCGCAUUCCAGAUACUGGAUUCCGGAUUCCAACUCAGUGUAUUCCAGCUUUCAAAAGGCCUAGAUUCCAGAAUUUCAUAGUUAGCAGGAUUCCGGAUUCCAAGGUCCAUGAUUCCGAGCAAAAACUUCCAGGAUUCCACAAUCCGUAUCACCUUCGAUUGGGCGAGAUAAACAAAAUGGAUGUUUCUAUGAAAUUUAAUUCUUGCUAUUUCUUUAUCUGCUUCCUUUUAUUGCAGGUGGUCUUUUGGAGUUGUUUUGUGGGAACUAGCCACCAUGGGUAAGCUGGUUUUAAAAAUCUUUGUAUAUUGAUGCUGGUAGAAUAAUACUCUUACUUGUCAUUUUCCUAUACGCGAGGGAAUUGAGAGGAAUCCUCCAAGAAAGUAGUUAGAGAAAAGAUUACUGUUCGGUUUUAGGAUCGCAGUCACAGGAGAUUUGAACCGCUUUAUAAAAGAGGCCAUUCUGGCAUAAUGUCGUGAUUGCUAAACAACUAGAAAAAAUAAUAGGCUCAUGUCCGCAGCUCUCUCAGUCGUCUUUACCGGAAAGGAGCGCAGGCUCAUAACAAUCCAGCCUAUAAGUCAUACCCUUAACAACAACUUGACCUGAUAUCACAUGUCACUUGGCGAAAUGAAUACUCAGUAAUGGUAAACUUGUACAUUACGUUAUUUUAAACCCACCUGGAGGUUGGUAAAUUGAUAUUACAUGAUGGUCAUUGAACUGAGUGGAGAGCACUUUGGUCUGAAAUCAUCGCGUGAUUUCGCGUGCGAGUUCGAUUUGAGAUUAGAAGUAUCAUUUCAGACUAAAAUUGUAUGACACGAAGUGAAAUUAUAACUUUAUUACAGCCAUUUUGAAAUCGCAGAAUUUAAUCCGUACCAGCAGUGAUUGGCCGUGGCACGAGAUAAGUUAGCUCGUUAUCCCCCCUGCUCGUUAACAUAUAUUCUGAGGUCAUGCUAAGAGAUGCUUUGAGCGGUGUGAAUGAAGGUAUUCGAGUGGGAGGUCAUCUCAAGACAGUGCGCUUUGCGGAUGAUCAAGCAACGUUAGCCAGUUCAGUUAAAGGUCUGCAACUUAUGAUGGGUAAAAUGCAGGAAAGCGCGUUGGAAUAUGAUAUGAAGAUCAAUGUUAAGAAGACUAAGGUGAAGAAAAUCAGUAAGAGGCCUGGUGAGGAAUUCACGAUCUUUCUUGAGGGUAAACAAUUAAGUCAAGAAUCGUCGCACUUUUAAUACCUUUGGAGCCUCAUUACACAGGAUGGAUCCUGUGAAAAAUAAAUUAUUAGAUCGAGAACAGCCCGAAAACGCGUUUACUAAGAAAAAAGGACUGCUGACAAAAGCCUUCAGCGCGCUAGCCUUUGCCUGAAGAAGAUAAUUAUAAAGACUGUCAUCUGGGGUACUUUUCUGAAUGGAGCCGAAUGAUAGACCUUAAAGAAAGAGGACGUGCGAAGGCUGGAGAACUGUGGGAUGUGGCUUUCGAGAAAGGUUUUAAGAGCGACGGUCAGGAAAUAUCGACCAUUGAGUGGCGAGAGUUGAAAAAUCGAUUUCCUUCAGUUUUUGUCCAUAAAUAGCUUUUAGGUAGAUAAGUAAUCUGAUGUACGUUGUUCUCGCAAAAAGCCUUUUAUUUUCGAGAAAAGUAAGAAUAUUAGUUUUCGUGGUCAGAGUCUCAAAAUGGCCGUAUUUUCAACCCGAACUUUGCUAACAUCAACUCUCCUCGCGUUCGCAAAUAAAGGCGCAAGGAGAAAUUUGGACACUUUCCAUCAAUAGAACAACUUUUCUUCUUUCACUAGAAGAUACUUUCAAAGCAAUAUCAAGACUCGCUGAACUGACACAAUUCAACAACGAAGAACCAGUUUUUACGGUGACAAAGACUUUAAUUUAGUAGUUGUUUUCUGCGGCAUUAUUUUUCCCGUGGUAUAGCUCCAAAUUUUCUCAGUCCCCGUUUAUUCACACAUUUAGACAUUCAUCUAAAACAUACCUGAGAAUUGGCUUGGGUUCCUGAAGGCAGCCUCCAAACGAAAGCAUCGAAGUCCGGUAAAUACCGUGAAGCGUGACCAAAAUAACUUAUUUAACGGCACCAAGUUUCAUCGAUCGUAAUAUCAUAUCUUCCUGUUCCCUCAUCCUUAGCGAAUUACCAUUGUUAAAGUCCUUAUUUUUCGAUAAAAAGUGAGUACCAGAAUAAUAGCGCGUUUGAUUUUUUCUUGUUCAAAACUGACUGUCGACAUCGAAAAUGUUAUGCACUAGUCAGUGGAAAGCCCCGCACCCCCAUACCCGGGGAAUGCGGGGCAUUAGCGGGGGAUUUUAGCGGUUUUUAGUGGUCAUCUUUGCCCCAGUGUGCGGGGUGUUCGACAACAUUAGACACAAAUAACAGCGACCGGGGACUGUUAGCGGGGCUUUGGCGGGGAUUUCGCUUUUGAAGCAAUUUUGAAUCGGCCUGCAAAGAACACUGGGGAAGCGUAUGAUUUCAAAAUGGCGGCCGCCAAAAAGAAGGUAUGUGCGAUUUAAAAUCCGUUCUUUUCAUGCCUGUAAUGGGCCAUCGAUUAAAUUCUGUGUUCAAUCUCUAAAUAUUAUCAUGUCUUGUAGUGAAAUUAGAAAAAGUUGGGUAUUGUUUAUGCCCUCGUCAUGCUUGAUUAGCGAUUUAUCAUGAUUUAUUUAGAGCGUUGACCUUCUGUCUUUUGGCACUUGUUUUCAUUUCCGUUGCAACUGUGCAAACCGAGCCAAUGGGCGUUUUUUAUUUGUUGUUUUAAAUAACUGUAUUCGUUUUUUCAUUGAAAUAUGUUUCUAUAAUGUGCUCAGCGUGUCAAUUUAUUUUUAAGUCUUGUGUUGGAUCGCGUCGAUUUUUGAUAACGACGAGCAGAGGGUGUUAAAAAGGCUCAAGCAAAAAGAAGGUGUUCAAGAGGGAUUCGUACUUUUAAAGCGAAAUCAAAGAGAGCUACAACAUCUAAAGACAGGCAUGAUGUGUACUGUUGGUGUCAAGAGGGGAAAUAUGGGGAGAUGAUAGAUAAUUUUGCCUGUCCAAUUGAAUGGUUCCACUUUGAGUGCGUGGGCCUGACUGCUGCUCCAGCUGGCAGGUGGCUGUGUUCCGACUGUGAAGACAGCAACAGAUAAGCAUUUGUAGAAUAUAAAAUGAAAAUUUGGCUUA